AUGGCUCCAUCAAGGAGCGCCGGCGGGGGUAGGAUGGCUAGGUUGCUGAGUAUUUUGAAUCCCUUGACAUGGAGACAGCGGCUCGACUUGGACACUCGGUCUUUCCUUAUCAUGCUGAAGGGCGCUUUGCCACCGACAAUUGUGAUAGCGAUUUACCAGAGUAGUGCUAUAUCCGACAUCACCCUCACAAUCGGAUAUCUAUCAGCUCUUAUUUCGGUCCUGUCUCAAGCACUGACACCGCGGGCCAAGUUCAUGCGUAUCAUGUUUUAUGAUCUCUUGUCAACAUGUGUAUCAGCUUCUCUUUGUUGCUUAGCUAUAUUCUGCGCCGUACGAGCGAGACAACAUAACACCCCUCCAGAUGCUAGCGAGGCCGCCCGGAAUGGCUUCAGUAGCGAUGCCUGUGCCGUGUCCGCUAUAUGGCUGAUAUUCAUGAUUUGGGCCGCAAAUACCAUCCGUGCUUGGCGCCCGCAGGAGCUGCAGGAUCCUAUGGUAGCUUUCUCGAUCUUUUCUUCUGUUACUAUCACUCGCGGUGGCAUGUUCACCACACUAUCCGAGGGUCUUUCAUUCGUUUCUAGACUGUUGAAGGGGUUUAUGCUGGGGUUUGCCAUUGCUACCGGGGUCUCUCUUCUUAUACUACCAAUUACUAGCCGCGGACAUGUCUUCGACGACAUCAGGGGUUACGUCGCGAAGAUCGAUAACGUACUCCAGUCGCAGAUUGACUUUGUCAAGGGGACAUCAGAGGUAUGGACCGGAGGUCAAGGGCUUCUAAAGAGGACGCGCACGGCACGAAGUAUGCGGGACAUGCAGAACAGUCCCAGUUCGGAUCUGGAAGCGAAGCAGAAGCGCUUGACAGCAUCAAUCACCAAAUUGAACGGAUUGCACGGGAAGCUACAGUCAGACCUGCUCUACUCGAAAGACGAAAUUGCAUGGGGUAAACUAUCAGCAGGCGAUCUGAGUAGGAUUGGAGGGCUGCUGCGAAGUGUUUUGCUGCCCCUUUCGGGAAUGGCUAUGCUGCCUGAGGUGUUGGACAUGAUUGUCAGGAACGAAGGAACGCGCAACAACAGUGUGAGAUCACUCGACGCCGAGGAGGAUUCUGUGAAACAAUCCGAGAUGCAGAAGGUAGCCCAAACGCUUCAAGACCGCCUUGUGGACUCUUCCAGGUUGGCGACAGUUGGAUUACAAUAUGUCUUACUGGCUCUUGGGCUAUCUAAGCGCAAGAAAAUCGAGAAACAAUACUCAGGAAAAGCAGAUGAGGAAGGGACCGGAGAACUACUCACACCACUAGAGCCACAAUUCGCACAGCGUUUUGAACAAGAAAUGCGAAACUACUUCUCACGCCGCAAGGACCUCACAAGAAACCUUGCCUCCCUUCAGGCGUUUACGGUCUUAGAGAAGCCGGAUGAUGCCACCUCCCAGGAAGACAUGGCGGCCAUUGCGACAGACCCUGACGUCAAGCAGGAGUUCUUUCUCAUCCUGUUCAUGGGACAUCUGCAGGACAACCUACUGACCGCGACUCUCGACUUGAUCCGUUUCGCUGAUGACCGAAUCCAGGAUGGCACUAUGAAGCGCAGCAGACUGAUUCUCCCCAGACUCAACACCAUCCGUAAAUGGCUCUCCCUUAAUACCGACCACGACACCAAGUCUGCUCCGGAUAGGAGACAUUCAUCUCAUGUCGAUCCAGCUUCUGCCCUUGGCCAGACCGAAGCGAACAAUUUCCCGGAUCCCGAGCACCUGCCCCCGGCCAAUUGGUUUGAGAAAGGCAGCCUGGCGCUCCGCUACUUAUCGCACAUUAUCAGUUCCGAGCAAAGCAUUUUCGGCUUCCGCGUUGCAGCAGCUGCAUUUUCCGUUGGUAUUCUGGCAUACCUGCGUAAGACACAGGACUUUUUCAUCCACCAAAGAUGCAUCUGGGCCAUGAUUGUCAUUGUGAUCGGAAUGAACCCGACCAGCGGACAGACAAUGUUCGGCUUCGUUGCGCGCAUCGUCGCAACAGCCGUUUCAUUAGUCCUGAGUUUGAUCGUCUGGUAUAUUGUGGAUGAGAAGACCCCAGGUGUCAUAGUAUUCCUCUACCUCGCCAACGUCUUCGAGUACUACUUCUACGUGAAAGUCCCACAAUACUUCGGAGCCUCCGUGAUCGCCAUUGUGACCCUAAACGUCAUCGUAGGCUACGAACUACAAGUCCGCAAACUUGGCAUCGAAGUCGCCACCUCCAACGGCCAACCCUACUACCCCAUUUACCUCUUCGGCCCAUACAAACUCGCCGCCGUCGCCGCCGGCUGCGCCAUCUCCUUCUUCUGGGUCAUCUUCCCCUACCCCAUAACCGCCAAAACCACCCUCCGUAAGACCCUCGGACGCGGGCUCUUCGUCCUCGCCAAGUUCUACAGCUGCAUGCACACGACCAUCGAGCUCUGGCUCACCGGUGAACUCGGUACCACCGAAGACGACGACGACAUCCGCUCCGCAACCUCCACUCUUCAACGUACCCGCCACAAAGUCUUCAAAGAAGAAAUGCUCCUCCUAAACAGCCUCCGCAUGCACAGCCACUUCAGUUCCUUCGAGCCGCCCAUCGGUGGGAAAUUCCCCCGUGCAACUUACGAUGAAAUCAUCUCGCAGAUCCAGCGCAUGCUCACUAGCAUGGCGUUAAUGGCGCAUACCACUCAGAACAUGGAUGCUUUGUCCACUACCACCACCACCAACUCCACUGACAAUAGUGACAAUAACAAUAAUAAUAAAUGGAUCUCCCGCCUCGCCUCAAUAGCCCUCCAAUCCAGCGGCUUCAAAUCCCACAAAAUCACCUCCCUGCUCUGCCACUUGUCCGCUUCGGUGCAGAAUUCUCAGCCUUUACCGCCGUAUCUCGAGACGGGGGAUACAUUCCCGCUUGCGAGGGAGCUGCAGCGCAUUGAUGAGGAGUUGUUGAGUAUUCGACAUGUAGAGGAUCCGGCUUUCUCGGCGUUUGUUUGUCUGGAGGUUUUGAGGUCCGUGGUUAGUUGCUCGUUGGAUGAUUUGCUGAGGAAUGUGAAAAGCUUGGUUGGGGAGUUGAGCUUUGAUUUGCAUGUUCGGGAUGGGGAUGAGGCGCAGCGGUUGAUGCAGGAGGAGUAG